AUGCCACUAAUAGGCCAAAUGGGCAUACGCAGGUGUACCUCCGUUGCGACCUUGACGUCAAUAUGCGACCAGGGAGCUGAGGCCACAGAUCUACAUGAGGGUAACUUGGACCGUAAUGUUCUGGUGUGUGGACAGCCAUUUAGGCCUGUGGCAGGUGAUAAGCAGGUGCCAGUGAUGUUGGCCUGUAGGAUCAGUCCGGAUAUGCCGGGCAACUUCAAUCUUACCUACUCUGUUCGAAACUCCGCUGGCGUCUAUGCAUCAACUUGGCGUCAACUCACAAUCAGACCUGUGUGUCCACCGGGAGAGCGGCUGUGUGAUGAUAGGCUGGGCGCAGAAAGGGAUGGUGGCUACGGGUUCACUUCCUCACUCAUACCUUUACCAGAUGACGGUGAUACCACUAGCAUUGACACCAACACUGAAACCCCGAACUUGGCCCCGGUCAUCUCGCUCGUGACCUCAGACCUUCUACCGAAAAGGGUGAAGGUUAAGAGAGGCCUUGGGUACACGUACUGCAAUGGCAUGGCGCCUGUCCCGGACGCCCUCUGCGAGCCCGGAGCAACUGCUACGGACCCGGAUGGUGACAUUGGUGGAACACCCCUUGACAUCUCAUCUUGGAUUGUCGCCUGCCCGCCCCCUGCCUGCCUGAGUGGGAGCGGGUGCCCAUCUGAGGUUCUCAACAACUACAGGCUGACACGCCGGGGCAUUGGCGGUUGCGGCAUCGACCCAAUGGCGCCCGUCGGAACUGUCUAUUCAGUUACCCUAUGGGUGUGGGACGCCGACCGAGCCAAUGCAUCUGUAGUGCGGCAUGUCGAGAUUACGGAUCCGUGCCCUGUUUCAUACCAGUAUGACUCAGCGCAAUACUUGAUGUGUAAGGAUCUGUCGGGCAGGUACUACUGCUCACCAAUUCCUUGCGAUCAAGCCAACCGUUUGCGGGCACCAUAUAAUGCACCACCCAUCGUGGCCUUGGUCGCGGAUGUGGCCUACAUUGAGUACGGUGAUGUUCCACCCUACUACAUGGGGCCAUGCAAGGCGCUCCCUACUGCUGCUGACACAGCCCCCUCAUCCUGUGGCGCCUACGCACUGGCCAAGACGCUAUAUGCAGACGGUCGAGUGGAGAUUGUUGACUUAUCUCAGGACAUCAUGGUGACCAGUAUAGAUGACUGCGCUUAUGAGAGAGUGUCGUUGACUGAGAUGAGCCCGCCACCACCGGCGCUACAGUUUAUGACAGCACAAGGCCUCCUCAUAGAUAGUCUGGCACCGCUCCAAGUACAAAUAACAAACAGGACCAGAUUGCCUGAUUUGAGGACAAACCAUUCCGAAGCUGCUGCUGCAUCGGUUUGCAAUCGGUGCCCUCUCGAGCUGCUACACCUGGGAGGAAAAUGUCCACCUGGAACUUACCAAUACGUGUUUUCGGUAAAGUCACCAAUUACUGACGCCUUAACCACAACGACGUUGACAGUACAUGUGUACUUCCGGUCGUCCAUCCGAGGCACCAUCGUGCCCUUUCCACCGUACAGCAAUGCUACCCGUGCCUACGAAGACAUGGCUGCCAUUAAUGCAACAAUAAGUGCCCUCAUUACCACCGCCGAGGAUUCCAUACUUGAUACCGUUGCCGCCAACGUAUCGCGGGUGUACCGAGAGGCUAUGUCCAAUAUAUCAUACAGCUUACAGCCCCUACCAAUCGAUGAUUCUGACAUCGUUGGACGGGUGGCAUGGCUGGCGCCGGCAGCUCCCCCACAACAUAUAACGAACACAACAUCCAACACAAAGUACACAGAUUUAUAUAUGGACGUUGAGGUUUUCGUUCAUGAGCCGGCAGUCGUGCAUGCUGGCCUGAUUUUGGACUACAAAAGCUAUGCAGCGCUGAUGACAUCAAGGGUCAGUGAUUUCCUAAUCGAUGAGCUCAGCACCGCGUUUGAUUAUGACCUGGCAAAGCUCCCUAACGUCAACACCACCACCGGUAACAGUGACAUCCUUACAAGGGACAUUGCUGCAGCAGGUAUAGACCAUUCCGGCAGCAACAACAGCAUGCUGAGCUUAGGCAAAUCUGAGGGAGCUCCAGUUGGGGCCCGCCGCCGAGCUGGCUAUAGCCGUCGCCAGGUGCAACAGAUCUGGAAGGGAGCGAAGAUUGCUGGUGUACAUGUGCACGGGUACCGUGGGGCCCAUGCAGCGGCUCCAUUCGGUGCUUCACUGUAUUCUGUGGUUUCAGACCUAGUAAUGGAGCUUAUGGGCAAACAGCAAUCAGGCCCUGAUGUGUUUCAGUCUUCCACAUCCAUGCAGCUGGAAACGCAUCACCGCACAAGUGCCGUGGGGAUAGAUAAUGACCCUGCACAUGCUGCUACUGACCGGCAGAAUGGCACAAGGGAUAGCAGAGUUAGCAGCAGCAGUGCAGGUUUCAGCGGUGCUAAGGAAGCUCAGGAAGGCGCUGGCGAUGUUACUGCUGCUGCUGCUGACGACUGGAAUAUUGGUGACUCCCCGGGAGACUUGGCUGUCAUUGGGUCUCUGCCGGCUGAGCAGCUCCACACCAGGCGGAUGCUCACACAGGAGGAUAGUAAUCCGCCGCUACCACCGGAGCAGCCCCUACCUCCAGACGCACCGCCAGAAUUCCAAAAGCCACCGCUGCCGCCCAUGGGAAACCUUAAGAUCACAUCCGCCACUAAUGUGACUGGUGCAACAGUUCCCAUCCCGGGGUCCCUUGCUGCCUUAAUCCUUUCCCUGGAGGCAUUGGUGGCUUCCUUAAAGGAGAAGGCGUCGGUGGACGAGAACACCUUCAACCUGGUCCAGACCAACGCCAAUAUCAGCUUGAGUGAUACGGCUCGAGUGUUUACAGCGGACGCACAAGACCACACAAGGAUUUCUGCGUUUGCGGGACUUCUGGCAGACAUGAAAACAGCAUUGAACGUAGCUGUAAACGGGUCUCAGGUGGUCCUGAGCACAAUGGAUCAGCAACUGUCCGUAAUGGCCGCCAAGCAGGAGGUUCAGCUGUACGAAACGACCGCAGAGCUAACUAGAUUUCUAAAAUGGACAGAGGCGCAGGCGGCACGUAUAGUGUACGACACGAUGGUCAUAGAGGAGGCCACUGGAUUAUACCAAUAUGCAUGGGUGACCUGCCCUGGUCUGUCGUACACCAAGCCCAGAGAAGUGACAGCGUGGGCAUUCAGGUUGAACACAUAUAGUAAGGCUGGCGGUGUGUCAGGAUCUUCAGCAGGAGCCGGCGCAGUACCGACCGUCCAAGUUAGCCCAUUGGAGGAGGAUAUGCCCACGGUGUCCAAUAAUAACACCGCCAACCACCAGCAGCACCUGGAGAGUGAAACGCAAGCAGCCUUCUCGGACCGGAGGCUAUUUCGGUCAUCACGGCUCGUGGGCGGGGUAUUGCUCCAUGCUGUUCGGCGACCGUUUGACGAGCAUGGGCAUUGCACCGACCCCAGGGCUGAUUUUUCCAACCUCAACUUUGACUGCGUGCGUCAUUAUAUACCAGGAGAACGUGGAAAUUCAUCUUCUUUUCUUAAAGCUUUACUUGGCGGGGAGUCGGAUUCCUUGGGCCCUUACGGCGUCGACCCUGUGUUCUUGAAAGGCUCAUCCAUGUACGACAUUCAACUGGCCGAUAAGGUCAGCCACUACUACAAUACGACCAGUGGGUCAGCAGAGGUGUCACCUACAGGUGCACCCCACUUGUACUUCCAUCGACCAUUGCAGGGUCUUCCGGAUGGCUUCCCUGUGCUGCUGCCCAACUCAUUGAGGGAGGAGCGGAUGAGGGAUGUGCUUACAUAUUUGAAGGAUUCCAAUUUCCUGGACCGCUUCACUCGUAGCCUGAUCGCAGAGCUCCUGGUGUUCUCCUCUGAGUUGCGGGUGUUUGGUCACAUGACCUUGCAAUUCACGUGGUCUUAUGAUGGCAGGGUACACAUGAACUACAGUAUCUCAGGACUACCAGCUCUCACCUAUCUACAGGCUAACCCUAACUCCAACUCCUCUGGCUCAAGCUCGCUCAGCAGCUGGUCGUUGGUGGUGUCUAAGGAGCUUAUGGGCCUAUGGCUCCUAUCAUCCUUGUUUGCGAUGAUAGUAGCAGUGCAGGCGCUCAAUGUGCUGCGGAGAGCCUUCACCAGAGACCUCGCCAAGUCGCAGAUGUGGACUCUCCUUGCCAACCUACUUGUGGAUAUGGCUGUGGCAGGACUGCUGCUGGCAUCAUCGGCUAUGUGCUCCUGGUACAUGAUUUCAUACGCGUCUGCAUUUUCUGCUCGUCAGCACUACCAGGUCUACGAUGGCAUCCAUACAGCACGAGCAAGGUGGCUACUGCCACGCAAGGUCGAUCCGUGGGACAUCCCGGCAAACUCCACCCAGGCUGAAGUGCUGCAGUCCGAAUUGUUGGCCAUCAACAUUACUGAUAGCCCCUCGGCGGGCAGCCCAGGCCGUUACCUGCUGCCUGACCAUCCAAUCAAUGAUUUGGACGAACUGGCGGGCGUGCUGGCCACGAUGCGCGGCAUGGAACACAUGUGGACAACGUACGGCAUCAUGCAAUCAGUUACACUGGUGCUACUGAUUGGAAGGCUGCUGUCCACGUUGGCCUUCCAAGACCGUAUGGGGUCACUGGUGCGGGCCCUGUAUCACAUUGUGCCUCCCUUGGUACACUUGAUGGUUCUGCUUGUCUUGAUUUCCGCCAUGCUCGGUGCUAUGGCCCUUGUAGUUCUGGGGACCUACGUGGGAAAGGUUUCCACUCUCUCCGGUGCCAUCGAAAGCACCUUGGGGUUGCUUGUGGGUGAAGGUGUGCUGCAGUCAUUCAAUGUGCUGCUACCUGCGAACACCGAGUUCAACGGAGGCCAGCACUUGGCUGCCAGCAUGGUACUGUUGUCCCAGGUUUUCCUGCUAACCUUUAUGCUCAUCAAGUUCUUCUUCUCGGUCAUUGUGUUCACAUUCCGCACGGUUAAAACGACCAGGAGAUUCACUCACGGAGCCACCAUGUGGGAGGAGAGAAUCCCUGUUGCAGAGGACAUGGCUGCAGCCUUGACUGCCACAGCUGCUGCUGACUCCAAUCCAGGAGCGAAGCGUAACAUCCAGGUCCAAAUCCUAACUCUCCAAGCACUGCAAGCACUGCUACGGGCAUGUGCGAACCAGCGGCAUAAGCACUGGCGGCUGCAGCAGCAUCAGGAUGAGGACUUACGCGAGCUGGGGCUUAUGGGAGUGACGCCAACCGCUCCCAGCAUGUGGCCCCCGGCUCGUUGGACAUCGUGCAAAUUUGGCUUGUCAUCUUCAAAUCUGCGCAAUUGCGCGGCCCGCAUUCUCCGCCUUGCACCGGCAGAUACCAACAAACGCGUCAUGAGGCACAACGAAGCAUUCCGCCGACGAUCUAUAUCUUACCUGUCUCCGCCAUCCCCUCAAGUUGUACAGGAACAGCGACCACAGAGGCUGUCAGAGGACGACGUGGCGCCGCAUUCACGGCCACAUGCCUUGUCCGCAUUGUUACCUCUGACGGGAUCCACCGUUUCAUCUAACAACCCCAUGUAUACUGCUACGGAAUCCCUGGCGGCAUCUGUAGCUGAGCGGCUCAUGCUGCAGCAAGGGCAAACUUUCCACACAUCCCCUGAGCCAACCGAUGGGCCCAUUAAGAGGCGAUCUACAUUAUGUGGGAAGCAUGGGGUGUUGAGGCAGCAAGAUGCUGAGUCCGUGCUUGAGUACAAGCCUCCCCCAAUGCAAAGCUCAUACCCGGGGGGCAGCAAGGGCAUGAGCCGGCUGAAAUUCAGAAGUGGACUGGACAGUGGCAGCGAUGGCGGCGAGCCCCUGCAUACCAGUGACCUCUCCAAUAUCAGAAAUGAGGUUGAAUCGAAUCGGGAUGGAACCCGUGAAGGCGCAGAAACGACGCGCCUUCUUGCCCUUUUCGGAGCACUGAAUGAGUUUACAAAUUCAAUGCAGAAGUGGCAGGCGGGGGUGCAACGCUGGCAGCUCAAGAUUGUUAAGCAGCAAGACGCCAUGAGAAUGCAGAACUCUGCAAUAAUUUCUUCACUCAAGGGAAGAACAAACCUAAACUUGCCAGUCAAGCUGUCUAUCACGCCACGAAUAACUUAUAUCCAAGCCAAUCCACUUGCCGGACCAACGGACUCGAUCAGCAUGCAAGGGGAAGCAAUGUUACAAAGGACUGACUCUAUGAAGGAUUCAGAAGGCAUGAGAUUGGCCUCUGCUACUGCUGCAGCAAUCACAGCCGUUGCUACAACGCUAAAUGCCACUGGCCGAACUGAUAGCAGCAUCAGGGGCUCAUCAAAGAGGCAUCUGAGCCGGGAAAGUGGCAGGAAUGGGCUGGGCGACGGCCAGCCUUACAGCAGCGGUAACACGGAUGUCCACCAGCCAUAUUGCUCACCGGAUGGAAACCGCGUGGGCUCAGAUGGAAACCGCGUGGGCUCUGCAUAUCCCAAUGGGCAAUACACUGCAGCCGACGCAAACAGCAACCAGCAGGGAAAUACUAAGGAAGAUAGUAUCCUGGUGGAUGGCAACAGAAACCCCUCCGUGCAACAGGUGCAUCACGAUGAGCGAUUGCGGCGCAAUGAGACUCUCCAGAGGAUGCGUGUGCCUGCAGUGGCAUCAGGUUCAGGUCGGCUUUCCAGGAAAUCGCUGGCAUGGUCAGCCAAACCACAACAUAACUGUGAAUCGGCUGUUGCACAGCCAGUAGGUAUCACCAGAGGAGCCAGCAGCAAGUCCGACACAGCCGUCAUGGACACCAGGGCUAGCUUAAAUGGAGGAGGUGCCACCACAGUGGCCAGCAACGCAGAUGCUGGAGCUUUAGGUGGUGACCACCGCGCUUUGGCACCAUUGGGACCUGCACUCUCACUAGAUAGGGCCGCCUAUGCCGACCUGGAGCCAUUAGUGAAUCCUUUUGCUCGAAAGAAUCCCCCAACCUUUGUGGGACCACCAGCAGGCAGCAGAGGUGCUGAAGACAAAGCUGCUGAUGCCUUGGCGGAUGGACGAAGACAAAGACCCGGGAGACAGUCCUUAGAGUUGUUAGUGGAGCCUGCAUCUCUCCAGUCAUCAUCAUCGCCGCACGAUACUGUUUUGCCACCCCCUCCACUGCAAUCAAUCCAGCAUGAGCUGUCACUGCAGCAGCAGUUCUCACUUCAGCUGGCGCCAUCUCCCCAGCAGCAAUCAUCCAUGCAGCAUAAACACGUGUUGCAGAAACAGUCAAUGCAGAAACAGCAGCGACUACAGGAGAUGCCAGAACCGGGACUUGCAAAGUCAUUGCAGCAUGAGCCAGUCGCUGCAGCUAUUGACACUGCAAGCCCAAAGCCACACAUAUUUGCUGUGGAGUUGCCUAUGGAAAGGGAUGAGCUCGGUAGCAACAAUGGCGACGUUGGCGGUGGGAGCACAUCAGCCCAACAGAAACCGCCCUGCCUGGCUUCACGUGUUCUUGACAAGACGGAUUUCUCCAUGGCAACUGGUGGAGGGCUACCCGGACCUACCAUGGCCCAAGGUAACAGUGGAACAGCACACCCAGAUCCUAUUGAUGAAGUUCCAAAGCCACGAAUUUUCCUGCAAGACUUCUCGGUCGGGACUAGGAGCGGAUGGGUUGGGAAAGAUGACGAUGUCACUACACCACGGUGCAAAGAGCCCUCUGAUGCACCCCAACAUGCAGAAAUGCAGAACCUAUCCGUUUCAGUUGAACGAGUGGCCAGCGGAAUUUCCACAAUCGAGGGCAACACUGAUAAUGAUGGAGCAUACAGUGAGCGCAGCGGCCGUGAUAGCAUUACAUCUGGCUGUGACAAUGUGGGGUCAGCAUCAUCUCCUCAUUCACCGUGGUGGUCCAGAGCGGCCCGGUCUUUGUUUGGUGCAAAGGCUAUGGGUAUUCCACAGGCCAGCCCUAGCGAGUCACGGCUAGACAUGCCAACGCCACGGUUGUUAACGAUGGAUGCUGAUAGUGUGAACAGUACUUCUGCAAAUGCAUCUAAUGAUGCAGAUCCUCGUGCCGCUGAAGUGCGUCCUGGCUACCGAAUGGCCUGGACAGGUCAGCAUGUGAAUCAGCCACAGGUUCAUCAUCAGCAGCUGCAACUGCAACCACAGCUUCAGCAGAAAGAAAUACAGCCGCCGGUGCCACCAAUUACCAAGCCACUGCAGCCUGUACAGCCGUUUGCACCACAGGAGCCUUCCUUGCAGAGGACGCAGCAGGUGGUGCGACAGCCGCUCUUACAGCCGGUGCAGCAACCUAAUGAACAAGGAGUAUUAUUGCAGCCUGGGCAGCCUCUAGGCCAACCGUCCUUGCUGCAGCCUUUGCCGCUGAUUGUAGAGCAGCCACCAUUGAUGCAGCCAGUAUCACAGUUUGUGCAAGAAUCACCGAUGCAACUGCUGCAGCAGUCUCUGCAGCAACAUCAUGAACAGCCGCACCUGCAGCAGGCCCAUCGGCAGCAGGUAGAGCAAUCACCGCAAAUCCCGCCGGAGAAGCAGGUCAUGUGGGAUGCGGACCUGCUUCCUGGCACCAAGUACCGCACGCUAAGCGCUAAAACAGGUCACCGCUUUGCCAGCUAA